UUCGUUUGCAGUCGUCAAGGUUUCCGUGAAGAGAAGCAGCUGAAGAGGGCGAUUAAGAAGCGGAAGCCGCGGAAUAUUACCCGUGUUGGGUGUCUUGCUAAAUUUGUGAUUGCACGAGAUCAGAUCACAGGGCAGUGGUAUGUGAAGGAUUUCAUCGAUGAACAUAACCAUCCGAUGGCGCCAGCAGAUCUCACUUAUCUAUUGCGUUCACAUAGAAGAAUCAGCGACGAGCUCAAAGCUGAGAUUGUGGAGAUGGAGAGUUCUGGGGUGCGCAAACACAAGAUAAUGGAUAUUUUGGAAAUGCGGUAUGGUGGGUAUGAUAAGGUUGGGUGUACAACAAGGGACUUGUAUAAUUUCUGCCACCGCUAUAAGGCGAAGACAAUUGCUGCCGGUGACACUCAAACGGUCAUUAGCUACUUGACGGAACUUCAGCGCAGAGAUCCUGAUUUCUUUUUUGAGUACAUGGUUGAUGGGGAAGGACACCUAAAGGGCCUAUUCUGGUGUGACAGUCAAUGUCUGCUUGAUUAUGAAGCUUUUGGUGAUGUCGUUGUAUUUGAUAGCACCUACAAAACUAAUCGGUACAACCUACCCCUUGUUCCUUUUGUUGGGGUGAAUCACCAUCGAAGCACAGUUAUUUUUGGGUGUGGAAUUAUUUCUCAUGAGAAUAUUGAGUCAUAUGUGUGGAUGCUACGUACAUUUUCUGAGGCCAUGAUUCAGAAGCAUCCGGUCUCCGUGAUCACUGAUGGGGACCUUGCUAUGCAGAGAGCAAUCAGGUUGGUGUGGCCGAAUUCAUCGCAUAGGCUCUGCAUAUGGCAUAUUGAGCAGAACAUUGUGCGCAAUGUUAAAGAUGAUGUUGUGAAAGAUGAAUUCAGGAGUUUCCUUUAUGACUGUUGGCCCAUAGAAGAGACUGAGACAAAAUGGUUGCAAUUUUUGGAUAAGCAUAAGGUUACAAAUAAGGAGUCAUGGUUGUAUCAGAUGUAUGAUACGAGGGAAAUCUGGUGUGCUUCGUAUCAUGCUGGUAAGUGCUACUUAGGACUGAGGAGCAACCAAAGGAGUGAGAGCCUAAACUCUAGGAUUCAUAUGCGUCUAGAUCGUAAAAUGACACUGCUUGACAUGGUACGUCAUGUGGACCAUUGCCUUUCAGGGCUGCGCGCAAAUGAGGCAAAGCUGGACACCGAUGCAUUGCAAUCUGAGGUAUGCACAGAUCCAGAUGCUUCAAUUAUUGAGCUAGAAGCCGUGAAAUCGUUCACUCCAACAGUUUUCGCCAUGGUGCAGUUCAGCAUAAAAGCAGCCAAGAAGUGUUUUUUGAUUGAGAUUGAGGAUGGUGAUAAUAUGAGUGAGUAUAUUGUCGGCAGGAAGGAUAAAGGAGACAUGAUGUACUUCGUCAAAUGUGAAUUUUGUGAUGAAGGCAAUCUGAAGGAAAUUUCUUGUUCUUGUCGUAAGUUACAAUCGAUUGGAACCCCCUGCUCACACAUCUUCUUUGUGUUGGGCCAUCGACAUGAAGACAAGCUUCCAGACUGUUGUGUUUUGAAAAGGUGGACAAUGGGCGCAAAGAAUGCAUUUCCUCCAAAUAGGAACAGCACCAUGUACGACUAUUCCGAUAGCCUACAGAGGUACCGUGAGCUACGCAAUAUCAGUCACGCUGCAUCCUUCGCAGCAUCUCGCUCAUCUGAAUCAUAUGAGCGGUUGAAGCGCGUUCUAGAGGAUGAAGCUGCUAUGAACUUGCCAAAUGGAGGAGAUAACGGAAGCAAGAGGUAUGGUCCGGUGCUGCCACAAGCCCCGGAUGUUGAUUCUAUAGCGUUCAGUAAUGUGUUGGACCCCUUGCAUGUGCCUGGAAGAGGGGCUUGUGGCAGAUUUUUUUCCAGCUCGGCUCGGCUUGUUAGGAAGGUUCCUGAUGACACUGACGAUGAAGAAUCGUCGGAUGCCUCUUUUGACAUUCAACCAGUCCAGCGAAAUGAUGAACGCGAGCGUUAUGCUGUUAUGCUAGAGAGGUUGCUGUUGACGAACUGGGCGACCGUCUUCUUCCUGGCCGCGAGCUUCUGGCAGACCUCGUCGUCCUGGAGCGAGCUGUGGAUCUUGGCCCAGAUCUGCGAGUCCUCGACCCUACUCUGCAGCCAGAUGAAGUACCCCGAGGUGGUACUCCUUGUACGCCCUGCCGGAGACGACCCGCCCGGCCGCACCCUCCUAGCAGCUGGGACGGCCGCCGACGCCGCAAACAGGAGCACAAACGCCUCCUCGCCUGAAUGUCACCUCCUCCACCCCCUUCGCCGGAUCUAUCGCGCACUGCCGCAGCCCUACCUCGCCCUCUCCCUCGCCUCCUCCACCUCAGACGGCCAUGUCCGCGAGCGCACCUUGCCGCCGCGCGCCAACUGGAGCACGGACGCCGUCGGGCCCAUUCUCGCCUCCAACGCUAUGCCGCGGUUCGCAGGGAUCUGA